AUGGUUAUGGACUAUUUGCCUUCGACUGUCGAUAUUUGCGCUGCGAGAACACAUGAAGUACUGCAUAUCGCACGCGCAGCAGUUUUUGGCAUCACGGACAUCCACCGGGUGGGGAUCAUACAUGGUGGCAUCACCGAGAGGAGUCUCGCUUUCAAGGACGAUCAGCUCGUGUUUGUCGACUUUGGCCGGGCCAGCGGUACACCACACUGGGAGGACGUUUCGGAGGAGAUAAACGACUCGGGGACAUGUCGGAUUGAGGUGACGCACCGAUCUGACUUGAGGACUUUGGCUUUGGUUUUGGUGUCACUUACAGGCGCAACGGUUCCAAGGCUGCCCAGGAAUCCUCUGGCAGAGCACCGCGUCAAGUUCCAGGACGAGGUAAACAACUUUGACAUUGAUGUACUGUUGGGCCAUCUUCCACUGUCGUUGAAUCCGUUGCGGGAUUUUAUCAUGUGCGCAUUCGCGCUUGGCAUCGAAGAAAAGCCGGAUUACAACCUUUUACAGCGGGCCUUUGACAGGACGUAG